AACUCUGUUCGGGCCAAGAUGUCUAUUGGUGUGCCGAUUAAAGUUCUGCAUGAGGCCGAGGGCCACAUUGUGACAUGUGAGACAAACACGGGUGAGGUAUACCGAGGAAAGCUCAUUGAAGCAGAAGACAAUAUGAACUGCCAGAUGUCCAACAUCACAGUCACGUACAGAGAUGGCAGAGUAGCACAACUGGAACAGGUGUACAUCCGUGGCAGCAAGAUCCGCUUCCUGAUUUUGCCUGACAUGCUGAAAAAUGCACCCAUGUUAAAGAGCAUGAAAAAUAAAAAUCAAGGUUCAGGGGCUGGCAGGGGGAAAGCUGCUAUUCUGAAGGCCCAAGUGGCUGCAAGAGGAAGAGGACGUGGAAUGGGACGUGGAAACAUCUUCCAAAAACAAAGAUAAUUUUCUCUAUUGAACAGAACUUUACUCUUCUUCUUUUAGAUUAUCUGAAUUCAUGGGGAUAGGUGCCUGUAUGUGUGUCCUAGGUUUUGUUUGGGGAUUUUUGUUUUG